AUGGAUGAUGAAGCUGAAACCUAUAAAUUAUGGCGUAUAAGAAAAACUGUCUUACAGAUGUGUCAUGACCGAGGGUAUUUAGUCAGCCAGGAUGAACUAGAUCAAUCAUUAGAACAAUUUAAAGGAGUUUUCGGUGAUAAACCAAGUGAAGGUAAACCUGCUCGUUCUCAAUUGAUUGUUAUGGUUGCACAUAAUGAUGAUCCAACGGAUACGUUAAUUGUUCAAUUUCCUGAUAAUCCAAAAAUUGGUGUUGAUCCGAUUAAAGGUUUUUUUAAAAAAAUGCAAGGAGAUGCAAAAAAUGCCAGAAUACCACAUUCAAUAUUAGUUGUACAGAUUGGCUUAACACCAGCAGCCAGAGAAUUAAUUGGUGAAUUACAAAAUAAAAAAUUUUCAUUUGAAGUAUUUUUGGAAAGUGAAUUGUUAAUUAAUAUCACCGAACACCACCUUGUACCAAAACAUGUUAUUUUAACUCCAGAAGAGAAACAAGAAUUGUUGAAUCGAUAG